UUUAGCUGAGAUAUUAGGAGGAAAGUAGGUAUCCCUAUAUAUGAUUCUUCACCCACUAUAUAACUUUAUUUCUUCUUCAUUGUAGCACACAUAAAAUUUCAUUUAAGGUGGAUCUGCAUUUGAAUUCAUCAAACAGCCAUGGAAGCUCUCCUCUCUCAAUUCACUUUCCUCUCAGAUCAAGCUAUACAAGGCAACAAGAAUUUCGAUCCAUCCGCCAUGGAAGACCUAAUGAAGCUUUUCGAGAUCGAAUCUUACAAGGCAUGGGCAGCUUUGGAGCUAGAGGAAGACAAACAAGUGAAAGGAGCUGAAAUAACCAUGCAACAAGCAGAGGAUUAUUUUGACUCGGUCAUGGAAACCGCCGUGGAUGAGUUCAGGCGAUUCGAGGAAGAAAUGGAACGCGAGUCAAAAGCUGAACUCAGUGGUGUUGAUGAUACUGCUGAGACAGUUAAAAAAAUGGGGGAUUUGAUGGAAAAAGGUGCAAACAUUGCGUCUAAAUUGUAUGUUGAAGCUGCUAUGAAAUCUGCAGGUUUUAAUGGACUUUCACCUAACAAGGUUCAUCCUUCAUGAAAAAAGUUAUAUAUAUAUAUAUAUUAUAUUUAUUUAAUUUCAUUUUUUUGUAAUUUAUAUGUAUGAUUGAUAAGGAACCUUGAUGGGGGUUUCUUUGAUGUUACUAUUUUUUUUAAUGGAUUAUUUGUUUUUAAUUAAAA